ACAUUGUUCUCUCUUCUUUUGUGCUAUACAAUCUCCAAGCAUUUCUCUCUUCCAAACUACUGAAGCAAAUAUGGCUGACCUUAUUCUUGGUCCUCUUGUGGAUGUCACAAUAUCCAAGGUGAUUUCAGUUACUACCAAGCAACUCAACUUAGCAGUGGGAUUCAAGCAGGAGCUCAAGAAGUUUCGUGUGGUGCUGAGCAUGGUAAGGGGCGUGCUGCAAGAUGCAGAAGAGAAGAAGUUGACGGGAAGAGGAAAUAAAGUCCAAGAGGUAGUUCAGUUGUUGAUUGAUUCAAGUGAUGAUCAACGUCUCCCUGUUGUAUCCAUAGUUGGUAUGGGAGGCAUAGGUAAACCUGCCAUGGCAAAACUAGUGUACAACAAUGAGCUGAUAGAGAAACAUUUUCACAAAAAAAUGUGGGUUUGUGUUUCUGAAAAUUUUGAUGAGAAACAAAUAUUAGCAAUGAUGCUGAAACCUCUCAUCACUAAUGAGAAUGAUCAUGUGGAUUUUGAAAAUCAAGAAGCUGUAGUUCAGAAACUUAAAAAAAUGCUUGAGGAGAAAAACUAUCUCCUCAUUCUAGAUGAUGUAUGGAAUGAAGAAAAGCCAAAAUGGGAUAACUUAAGAAAUUGUUUGUUGGGAAUAGGAAAAAAGGGUGGGAGUAGGGUUCUUGUCACAACUAGAAUUGAGAAAGUAGAUUCCAUAAUGGGAAUAGGAAAAAGGGGUGGGAGUAGAGACAAAGAAGAAGCCAUGGGAGCAAGACUUUCUGAAAAGGCUACAAUUCAGGAGUUGCAGUUGGUGUUUCGUGAGACAUCCAAUGGUAGUGAAGAUAGAUGCAAACAAGAUGAAGAUAUCUGGGAAGGCCUCCAACCUCAUUCAAAUUUGAAAGGCCUAACUAUUAUAUCCUAUUGUGGUAAAUGCUGUCCUUCAUGGAUGUUGGAAAGCAUUCCAUCACUUUCGCUUAGUAAUGAGACAAAGGUGGAAAUUAAAAAUUGCAAGAAUUUGAAAAACAUUGCAUAUUCGUCUCUUCAAAAACUCAUCAUUCAGGGAUGUGAAGGAUUGGCUGGGGCAGAAGUUGGACCAGGUGCCAUGAAGUCUCUCAAAGAAGUACAUAUAAGGAGUUGUGGUAAAUUGAAAAAUCUUUCGAGGAUUAGUAAAUUACAAUUCCUUGAAACACUUGAUCUUGAGGAAUGCAGGGAAUUAAGGAUUCGGAACGAUGCUCGAUUUGCCUCCACGUGUCUACAAGAGUUAAAUAUUUCUGACCGUGAUAAGCUGAUGUCCAUGCCGGGUAUUGAUGGGCUUUACUCUCUUAAAAAAAUUGAGAUAAUCAAAUGUGAGGAAUUGAAAAGCAUGGGGAAGGGUUUUUCUACUGUCACGUGUCUCAAAGACUUAGUUAUAAGCUGCUGUAAUGGUCUGAUGUCCUUUCCCAGCCUCCACGGACUUUCCUCUCUUCAAAAAUUCGCUAUAUCGGAGUGUGGGGUAUUGAACAGCCCGUUUGGAAUGCUGGAUUAAUUGUGGGAUUGAACAAAAAUUAAUCUUGACC